AUGAAUGAACUCGGGGGCACGGGACGCGGCACAAACGGGGCACAAACGCCAGGCUACAAAGACGGGGCGGAGGCACGUAGUGACGCAAGGGAGUCUAGGCGACGGCCCUCUCAUUUGGCCGAUCUCGAUGAGCUUUUCUGCCCGCCGUGGGCCAACAAGAUUGUCAACGAAACGAUCAUCAGGAGUAACAUCUUCACGAUGGCACGCGGCACGGUCAUAACCAUCCUCAUGGCCGCUGUUGGUGCAAACGGGUUCGCAUCAAGUCCUACAAAGACCCUCGAUGUCGCGAUCAUUGGCGCAGGCACCGCAGGCACAUACACUGGAUGGCGCCUGCUAGAGGCGGGCCACCAUGGGCCUGAGGAUGUCCAGAUCUUUGAGCGUGUCAACCACGUUGGCGGCCGGUUUUUCUCGCCGGUCAUCGGUUGCGAUGAGGACACUGAGCGUUCACCACGCACUGAGCUGGGCGGAAUGCGGAUCCGCAACACCGACGCCAUGAUGCUCGGCGUCUGUCGCACUCUCAACAUUGAGACUGGCCCGUUCAACAUGAACAAGAACGUGCCGAAUCCGCCUGCGACUCAGGCUGAGCCCUUCAACCAGGCCGCGUACAACGAGCAGUGCGAGGGCAAGAUCCCUGGGUGCGCUGGCGACGAACCCACCGCGCCCAUCUUCCUCGGCGGGCUAUUCAGUGACCGCGAAACUGUGGAGGCGCAGCUCUUGGAGAAACAGACCUACGCCCCGCCGACAGACAACACCGAGAUGUCGAUGUUUGGCAAGGUUCCCUACGUCAUCGACGAGUGGCCCCCGCCUCACGUCGUCGCAAGCCGCAUUGAGGCCAACCAUGCGACAGGCACUGGCAACCCUUGCAACAUAAGCAACGCGCACCACAUCAUGGAGGGGCCGACACACUCCGGGAUCGGGUACGGUGGCAAGAAAGUGUUCGAAACCUCCACCUGGGACGCCCUUGCCACGGGACAGGGCGUCGAUACGAAAGCUGUCGGCACGAACGAGUUCCAUCUCAUUGACUACCUCUCAGGCUACCAGGGCUACCUCGGAUCCAAAUCCGCCGUCAACGUCGGUGUCAACGACGCCACCUUCGCCCCGUCGGCCGAGGUCGUGGCGCCCCUCGAGCGCCCUACACAGAGUUAUACGCGCCCGCUACGAGGCAUGCAGGAGAUCCCGCUCGCCAUGGGCCGUGCGUUCUCGGAGCUCGGCGGCACAAUCCAGCUCAAUCAUCAGCUACUUCGUGUCGAGAAGAGAGACACCGACUACUGGUUAACCUUCCGCAAGACGUGGACCUCCCCGUGCUCGGACGUGACGACCUUUGAGGGCCCUGGCGGGGGGGAGCUCAUCACUGUGGCAGCAAAGCGGGUUGUCGUUGCGCUGCCUAAGUCUGCACUCAAGCGCGUCCAGUUUGUCGACUCCUCUGGCCGACUGCAGGAUCGGGUAGACGCUCUGUGCAACGCCAUUGCGUCCGCUCCCGCGAUGAAGUACUUUGCAUCGUAUGCAUCGCGCUGGUGGGAGACCUUCGCGCAGGAUAACCACCCGGACUUCCCGAACGACGAGCCGUUUAACGUUGGUCGCGUCACCGGCUCCAACGUGGUGCCAAAUUUUUUUGCGUGGUACCCGGGCGUGCAGCAGAACGCAGACAAACCGCGACCCCAAUGCGUCGACGAAAGCAUGGGCGUCAUCCAGACCUACGUGACGGGCUUCUCCGACCGCACGUAUGAGGGAUUGCUCAGGCAGCAAGAGCAGAACCAGUGCAAGGAGACCGACGUCGAGCAGUGCAGCAAGUGCUUCAGUGAUGAGACGGGAUUUGUCGGACCUGCCGCCGACCAUGUGACCAAGUCACUCGCGGACAUGAUGCGCUACCAGCUAGCGUACACCUUUGGUCUCGAUCCUAUCGACGACGCCGACAAAGUGCCCGAGGCCACUCAAAUCAAGUACCGCAUCUGGUCCAACGACAAUCCCGUCACCCAGACGGAUUCUUGCCACUACUUCAAGUCGGGACACAAGUGGUGGAAGCUCUACGAGGAGGCGCGCUUUUUGGACACGGGCCUACACCUCAUUGGCGAGGCGUUCUCCUUCAACUGGUUCUGGGGCGAGGGCGCGAUGGAGACUGCGGAGUACAUGCUGCAGGAAGUCAUGGGCUUGAAACGACCGUCGUGGCUUUCGCGCGAGGAAUAUUGCUGGGCGAUGCCGUACUGGUCCAUCCCGCGCCGCAACUCGGAAUGA